CACUACUAUAUAACAAAUAAUUUGAGCUGCAAUGGCCAGUACAGAAAAAAAAGGUGUUGAUGGGGAGGAGAUAGACAAUUUCAACGCAAUCCAGGAUCCCAACACCCUUGCAGCGCUCCAGGAGAAGCUUGGUCAAAUGACAAUCAAGAAACCCGAGCUGGAUGAGUUGGAUCUCCCUCCAGCAGUUAGGAAGAGGGUUAAUGCCAUCAAGAACAUUCAACUUGAGACCACUAAGAUUGAGGCUGACUUCUUUCAGCAGGUGCACAGAUUAGAAAUUGAGUAUUCGCUGAAGUACGCGCCUUUAUACAAACGCCGAGCAGAAAUUGUUUCGGGAGAAGUUGAACCAACUGCAAGCGAGUGCGUUCUGUUUGGGGAGGAGCAAGACAACGAGAAAACAGACAACGAAAAACAGGAGAACGAUAAUGACUCAGAUAAAGGAAUACCUGGGUUCUGGCUCACUAUCUUCAAGAACACGGAAAUACUUGCCGAGAUGACGCAGCCGCAUGACGAACCCAUUUUAGAAGCACUGCGGGACAUCAACGUCUCCUUCCCUGAGAAUGGCAUGGGCUUCGUCCUGGAGUUCGUGUUCACGGAGAACGAGUAUUUUGAAGAUAGCGUGUUGACUAAAACAUAUCACAUGAAGUCGGAGCCUGAUGAGAUGGACCCUGUUGCGUUUGAUGGGCCCGAGAUUAUUGGAUCUACUGGCUGUAAUAUCAACUGGAAGAAAGGUAAGAAUGUAACUCAGAAAGUAGUUAAGAAGAAACAGAGGAUGAAAGGAAAGGGUCAGACCCGUAUCAUUCAGAAAACGAUAAAAGAAGACAGUUUCUUCAACUUCUUCUUUCCUCCCUCGAUGCCAGAAGAUGAAGAAAGUGUGGACGAAGAGUUGGAAGCCCUCCUCACGACUGAUUUCGAGAUUGGCCAGUACAUCAGAGAAAGAAUCAUCCCCAAAGCUAUCUGGUACUUUACGAACGAAGUUACCGACAUUGAAAGUGAUUUAGAUGAUGGGGAAAGUGAUGAAGACUAUAGUGACACCAGCGAUUAUGACGAAGAAUGCGAGAAUAACGAAAACAUCGUGGCUAACGAAACCGUGACGGAUGUACAGAAGGAGGAGUGCAAGCAGCAAUAACCUCACAACACCUUUCUUUUCUACAUUACCCGUUUCAAUUCCGCUAAAACUGCAUUAUAUUUUUACGAUUUCUUUUUUAAUGUAAUUUAUUUGAGUGUUUUGAAACUGACGCUUUGUUCACACCAUAAAAAUCCUGGAACGAUUUUCUUUAAAACCUUUUAAGUCAAUCGGCUGAAAUGGAAGCUCAUAGUGAGACCUUUAUUUGAUUCAGUUUUUAAUACAAAUAUUGUUCUAUAAUUAUGAGAUUAUUGUUCGUUCGGAUGGUGAA